AUGGUUUGCAAUUAUUCUUUGCGCUGCCUUGUGAUCUUGCUGGCCCUGGCUGCAUCGCCAGUUGCUGCCCAGCAAGCCGAUAGCUUGUCGCAAGAGCAGCUCAAACCGCUAACGGAGUAUCGGCAGCAGCAUCGCCGCCUGCCGGGCUUUUUUGUUUUUCUUCUUUGUGAGAAGCAGGUGGACGGGCGGCUUUGCGCAGCAGCCUUUGUGCAGAAGACUCACGCGUUUACACUGGCUGCACUGACGUCACAGCCUGAGACGCUUUCCUCUCACCUCAUGUCUGGUGCGCCUAACCCUCAAGGAGCCAGCGGCCGGGAAUGGUGCUACAUUGAGCCGCAGGCUGGGUUGUGCUGCUUGGCAAAUGCUUUGCUGCCUGGCUGGUGCAUGUGGCAGCUGGCAAGUGGGCUGAGCGAAGCGGCGUGGGGAUUCUGCGGUGCACACUUUGUAGAUUAUGAAGCCCUUCGAGAAGAAGCAGCUCAUGCUGCCAAAGCAAAGGCGCAAACAGUGCGAGAAUAUGUGGCCAAGCUUGCAAAGCACAGCGCGCCGCAGAAGAAACGCUGGAGAUGUGAGCUUUUGAUCCCAUGA